UAAUUCUGAUCGGUUUCCUUUGGUAAGAGGCAAAUUAGCAUACAUAAAUGGCUUCUUCUGCAAACCAUGCUGCUGAAUCUUUCGCUAAUCCAAACUGGGACAGUUUUGUUCAUGUGGAGAGUGUGCAGGAGAUUGCACGAAGGAAACCGCAUUUCAUUCCCCAGAGAUACAUCAGAUCAGAUGAUGAGAGGCCAUCUUCAACACCACUUCCUUCUCUCUUGACAGUUCCUGUAAUCGACAUGGAAAAGCUACUCUUGCCCUCUGACAACCAUGAAAGACAGAAGGAGAUGGGCAUUCUUUCUAAGGCCUGCAUAGAGUGGGGCUUCUUUCAGGUUGUGAACCAUGGAAUUCCACAUUCUUUGAUAGAUCGCAUAAGAGGAGUGGCUAAUGAAUUCUUUAGUCUUUCGUUAGACGAGAAGCAAAAGUAUGCUCCGCAAGCAGGAGAAGCUCAAGGCUAUGGCAAUAUGUUUGUGGUUGAUGAAGAUCAGAAGUUGGACUGGGGCGACUUGAUGGCUUUGAUACUCAUGCCUAAGAAACUUGUCAACUUAGCUCUGUGGCCAACCACACCAUCGGAUUACAGGAAUACAUUGGAGAGGUACACUACUCAUGUGGAAAGGGUGGCAAUGAUUAUCUUGAGUCUAUUUGCUGAAAAUUUGCAAUUAAAGAGUGAUUAUUUCAAAAACAAAUUUGGAGAGGAGCCAAUGAUGACUAUGAGAAUGAAUUUGUAUCCACCUUGUCCUAGGCCUGACUUAGUGUUGGGGUUAAGCCCUCAUUCCGAUGGAGGUGCCAUAACUCUUUUGCUUCAAGAUGAUCAAAUAGAAGGCCUUCAUGUCCGCAAGAAUAAUGAAUGGGUUCCUAUUCAACCUAUUCCUUAUGCACUUGUCGUAAACAUUGGUGACCUAGUAGAGGUGAUGACAAAUGGAAAAUACAAGAGUAUAGAACAUCGAGCAGUAACAAAUAAGGAGAAGACAAGAUUAUCUAUUGCUAUGUUUUACCAACCAGGCUUAGAUGAAGAAGUGACCCCUGCAAGUAGUCUUGUGGAUGAAGAACACCCCACCCUAUACAAGAAAUUCAAACAUCAUGAAUACAUUCAAUAUUACAUGAAUAAACAACUCAAUGGAAAAAAGUCACUAGCUGACUUUGCCAAAAUACAUGAAUAGUAGUUAAAUUUACUAUACAUGUAGUAUGCAUCAUAUAAGUAAUAAGUCAAUUUGUAUGUUAUGGUACCUGGACUAGAUGGCCAUUCCAUUGAUAUACAAAAUUUGUAAGAAAAAAUGAGUCUUGAUAUGGUUAUUUAUAGUUUUUAAGACAUAAUGUUGGAGAUAUAAUACAAAAUGAAAGACUAUAUAUGACAAUCAAUGUUAUCAUGAAUUUGAGAAAAAAAUAAUGCUAGUGGAGUGCAUA